CUCCGCAAUGGUAACACACCGCUAAAUUCUGAAAUUCAUGAAACGCGCAAUGUUGGAUAACAGCAGUUGGUGAAAGCUGUUUGGGGAGACGUAACAUAAGAACUGAUUACAUUUUUCGAUUGAAUUUCACAAUAAAAGAAAUACAGAAAUUGAUUUUAUUCAUUUAUUAUUUCAAGUAUAAAAUUACAGAUAUUCAAUUGAAACCCUUGAAAAUUAUGAAAAUUCGACAUCGAAUCUUGAGAUUGAACAGUCCGUCACGAUAAAAGUGAUAGAAAAAAGCAAUAAACAUUUUCCAUUGGGCAAAAAAGGGACGAUAUUGGUAAAAUCAAAUUUCAUAAUAACGAAUUUGUUACAAUAAAAACCCUAACGCACAUUUCACAACCUUCAUAGCUUGAUUUAUCAGCCAUUCAAUUAAUACAAAAAAUCGAAUUCAAUAAGAAACUUAUUGAAUUCUAUAGAUAUUAGAGCAUAGUGAACUCAUGAAACAGUAAGAUAACAAACAACGAUAAUACAUCCGUAAUAAAAAACAUCAGACAUAAAUGAAGAAAUCCACCCAAUUAACCUUUGCAAUAUAUGGUUUAUUAAAUUAAUUGUCACAAAUUCAAUGUACUAAUUUUAAAAAAAGUAAUAUGAGUGAAAGACUACUUUGUAUAUUCGAAAUUCGUUGCGGAGGAAAAUUGACAUGAACGGAACUAUGAGCUAACUAUGCACGAAUUCAUUAAAAAAAUAUUUAACAUUCAUAUCAAGCGAAAUUAUCAACAAUUUGAAUCAAUACGGAGAAGAAUAAAGAGUGACGGGAAUAAACAUAAUAAUGAUGUUUUGAUAUAACACGUGAACAUUAAGUAAACAUUCGCAUUGUAAUAUUUAUGGAGAUUUUCUGUCAAUAAAUGCGACAAAAAAUCGUUUUUCAACUAUUUUGAUAGUAAUCAACAUAUCCAAAGAAAAAUUUUCACUGUGCAUAUCAGCCAUAAUAACCCGAGGUACUGAAUAUUUUUUGAGACAUUUCAAUUGAAACAAAAUGGCGGAAAAAGAAGAUAAACCAAAAGUAUCCGUAGAAGUAAUGAAAGCUAAUCAGGGAAUUGCUGCACAAGCUGCUCUUCGGGCACAACAAAUGAUGUUUCGCCAAAAACUGAAUUCAGUUUCAAUUAGCAGCGAAAGUGCAACCACGUCUGCACAAACGGCUUUGCUGAAAAAAGUGACACCACCAACUGUUCCAGCACGAGGAGAUAGUGUUUUGACGAAAAAACCACCAGAAAUUCCACCAAAGCGAAGCAGUUUGAAAAAACCAAUUAUUGAUGGUAGCGAAGAGCUGGCAAGCAAACAUCCACCUCCUCUGCCACAGAAGCCGAACAGUGCACAAAAUUCACCGAUAGCUGCACCGAAGCUCAAGGAGAAACCACAUGCACUGCGUCCAGUUCCACCGACACCGCAAAUUCCCGUUAAGUUUGAUCGACCUCCCGCAAAUCUUCCUGAAGCAACAAUUACAUCAACUAAUCCGUUCAACAAUUUACGAAAUUCGCUGCAGCAUAUCCAACGGCCAAAUCAACAAAGCGGCAAUACUUUGCCGCAAAUUAUGAAAGCACCACAAGGCACCACAGUAUCUACAACAUCAUCUUCAUCAACUACAACAACUGCUAGGCAGAUUUCACCAAUCGAAGACUUCAGUUCCGAAGAUGCACUGCGAGGCAUUGAAAGUGGAUUGAGAAAUAUGGAGCGAGCUAUGCAAGAGCAAAUGAAUAAGCAAAUGAACAUACGAUCGAUGGAAGCAGCUGCUCAGACUCAAAACGAAAAACGUAUUUUCAACCCAAUGGAAUUUAAGCGUCAUAUUGGUGGAUCGGUGAACUCCCUUGAUGGCAGCGGAAGUACCGUCCCAACUACAUCAACACAAAAUAUGAGCGUUAUUGAGUCAAUGCGGCUAGCACUUAACAAAAAUAUGCGUUCAAUGGAAAGAGGUUUUAGCAUGGACCAAAUGCGAUUGGACCAAAUGCAUUUGAACAACAGCAUGCGUAAUUUUGAAGCUAACGCCGGAAAUGCAAAUGGAGGUCAAAAACCUUUCGAAAAUCACAUGAAAUCAUUGGACCGAAAUCUACCAUUAGAGUUACAAUAUAGCCGGCAUAAUCGCUCUCAAUCACAACAAGAAAUGGUUGAUCAAAUGCGACAAAAUAUGCCGAAUCCUUUAACUGGUCCAACUACUUUGUCACGCGACGAUAUUCGAUUAAGACGACGUUCAUCACAUGAUGAAAAUCAAAUGACACAAACACAGAACAACAAUCCGGUAAAUCGGUUACGAGAGCAUUGGGAUGAAACAUCACAAAGUGUUCUACAGCGAAAAUCACAACUCUCAAAUAUGCUUGGCGACUCUCAACGAUACGAAACUAAACGCGCUGAAAUUGAUAAAUGGUUGCAGCGAAUGGAAGCCAGACUAGAUCAAAUGGGAAAAAUUGCAACAACCGUUGAUGUUUUGGAAGCACAGCAAAAAGAGCAAAAGGUUAAUUCAUUUGGCUUGAUUUAUAACCAAUUCAUACCAAAAACAUACAAAAUGCGUACUAAAAAUGUUGCCAAAUCCUUAUCAAAUUAUGACCAAAAAUCAUACCAAAAAUAUACAGAACCGUACCAAAAAUACUUUUGAAAUUAUGCAUUGUUCUUCCAGAACAUCGCAACAUUUAACCCGAAAACCCAGUGGGGAUAUACACUUCGCGAAAUAAUUAUAGGCGCACUUCCAUUUUUUCAAUUUUCUUAAAAUAAUUGUAAAAAUGCAGAAAUGCUCUAAAGAGCACCCAAAAUAAUAAAUAAUAUCAAUACAAACCACAAACAUGUCAAUAGCUCGCAUUUUUUGUAUAAAACUGUGAGUGCGUCUAUAAUUAUUUCGCGGAGUGUAAUCUUUGGGAUGUAUUUUUGGAAUUUUGAUUGAGGCAAUAUUGCUUCGUCAAAUAUCGCCUGUUGUUGUUGUAAUCAAAAUUGCCGACUCGAAAAAAACCAUGAAAACUAUAAUUUUUUCCACAAAAUUUAAUAUUUCAAUUUUUUAAAGAAAAUAAAUCGGAUCAUGAUUUUUUUUACAGAAUCGCUCUUUUCCACUUGUUGAAAUUAUUCAAUCAUCACCAAAACCCACAUUUCAUUUUUUUCAUAAAUUCAAAUUGAGUGAUUCUUUGAAGAAAUCGAAUAAAAUUCAAGCAAUUAUUUUCGAAAUAUUCGACCUGCCUCUAGAGGUCAUACGCUAGCAUUGCUACUUGAUUAUUGGUUGCGCAAUGUGCAUUGUGCAUACACACGAGUUUGAAAUUUUCAACUAUCACCACAAGAGUUGUGUCAGUAGAGCUCGUGUCAUGUUUACAUUGAAUAUAUUGUUAUUGUCGCUUCAUACCUGCGAUUCUUUCAUACUUGGGAAAAUGGUUUUUGAAAUGAUUUACGUCGCAAUUUUCUUUACAAAAAUUAGAAUCUCCCCUUCGAUUUUUUCGAAAAAAAUAGAUUAGAAAAAAUUAGAUUAGAAUCUCCCCCUCGAUUUUUUUGAAAAAAUUAGAAAUUACUCCCCCACAAUUUGAUCAAAAAUUGAAAAUUUACCCCUCCCUUGGCGCGCGG